UUACCAUCCAAUCUGACGGGAAGAAUAUAAGGGACCGCGUGAUCGCGCGCCGAAUCAUUCAAAUCAUGAAGAGCUUCGUCGUGAUCGUACUUCUGCUCGCGGUCGGCCUUGGCGCCGGCCAAAAUAACAAAGGUUGGUGGAAGAACGCGGUCUUCUAUCAAAUAUAUCCUCGCAGUUUCAUGGAUUCCAAUGGUGACGGCAUCGGGGAUUUGAAAGGUAUUAAGGAUAAGCUUUCACAUUUCACUGAAAGUGGAAUAACAGCGAUAUGGUUAUCACCAAUUAAUCGAAGUCCUAUGAGAGAUUUUGGAUACGACAUAUCUGACUUUGAAGAUGUAGAUCCAAUAUUCGGCACUAUAGAAGAUCUCAAAAAUCUCACUGCAGAAGCGAAAAAACGGAAUUUAAAGGUUAUUCUAGAUCUCGUCCCUAAUCAUACUUCUCAAGAGCAUUAUUGGUUCCAACAGAGUAUAAAUCAGACUGGAAAAUAUACAGAUUAUUAUAUAUGGGUUAACGCUACCAAAGAUGAAAAAGGAAAACCAAUUAAAAACAAGUAUCCUAAUAAUUGGCUUAGUGUAUUCAAUGGUACAGGAUGGACAUUCCACGAGCGCAGAGAACAAUUUUAUUUCCAUCAAUUUUAUAAGGAACAACCAGACUUGAACUACAGAAACCCGAAUGUGAAAAAGGAAAUGGAGAAUAUAAUGAAGUUUUGGUUGGAUAAUGGAAUCGAUGGAUUCCGCAUAGAUGCUAUACCACAUAUAUACGAAGUCGCUGACAUAUCGUUAAAUGAAACUCUUCUUAGUCCAGGUCUCAACUCAUCUCUCCACGCUUCUUUAAAUCACAAUUUAACGAAAGAUCAACCCGAGACUUACGAAUUGAUAUCUGAAUGGCGAAAAUUCGUGGACACGUAUGCGGAACAAAAUAAGCGGGAUGAGAUAGUACUUUUGACAGAGGCAUACACUUCUUUAAAUAACACUCUCAAAUAUUACAAUUACGGUUCGAACGUUCCUUUCAAUUUUAAAUUUAUAACAGAUGCAAAUUCAUCUUCCACGCCAGAACAAUUUAAAGCAAUUAUAGACAAUUGGGUAAAAGGAAUAUCCCAAAAUGAUGUUCCAAAUUGGGUGAUGGGAAACCACGAUCGAGUUCGUGUCGGUACACGUUAUCCUGGUAGGGCGGAUCACAUGAUAAUGUUGGAGAUGAUUUUGCCUGGAGUUGCGGUCACGUAUUAUGGAGAAGAAAUCGGUAUGGAGGAUAACACUACGAUAUACAAAUACGAUGUUCGUGAUGGUUGUCGUACACCAUUCCAAUGGGAUUAUUCCUCUAAUGCAGGUUUUAGUAAAGCCAAUGAAAGUCUGGUUGAAAAGGCGUGGCUGCCUGCUCAUACAUCGUACAAAAAGGGACUGAAUUUGGAGCAAGAGAAAAAAGAUAAAGUUUCUCAUUACUAUCUUUAUACCAACUUGACUGCUUUAAGAAAGAGACAAGUGUUAAAAGAAGGAGACCUUACUACACAAAUUUUAAACAAAAAUGUCCUGGCUGUCGUGCGACAAAACGAAGAAGAAGCGGUUUCUCUUUUGAUCAACUUCUCUAAAAAUAAUACUAUCGUGGAUGUAUCAAAAUUGGUGAACAAAGGAGAUAGUAGAAUUUAUACAAGCAGCGUAAAUUCCAAUGUGACAGCAAAUGAAUCUGUAAAAUUGUCGGCCAUCAAUAUUCCUGGAAAUGCAGCUAUAAUUGUGACAUCCGGCGCUGCCAUAGUCAAUUAUUCAAUCAUGACUUUCCUAUUCGUAGUGUUCAUAUCUCUUUUCCAACGGUAAAAAGAAAAUAUAUUGCUUAAAGAAUUUAAUG